GGCAGCUCAUUGUCGUCGACCAUUAUCAACGUCCCUCGUCGCCACUCCUGUUUAGAGUUCCUCAAAGACCUGUGAUUCCACGGUUUGCUCUGUGCGAGUUCUCGUCAUGAGCCUCAUCUACCCCGCAGGCGGUGCGACCGCCGCCCUGGGUGUUGUUGGUCUCUACAUGCUCUUCAAUGGCGAAGGCGAGAAAUUCAAUGUGGGACAAUUUCUCGAAUCAGUCUCCCCGUACGCUUGGGCAGAUAUUGGAAUUGGCUUGUGUAUAGGUCUGUCGGUGGUUGGGGCUGCAUGGGGUAUCUUCAUCACCGGAACCUCGAUUCUCGGCGGAGGUGUCAAAGCGCCUCGGAUUCGAACCAAGAACUUGAUCUCCAUCAUCUUCUGCGAAGUCGUCGCCAUCUACGGAGUUAUAAUGUCGAUUGUCUUUGCCUCAAAACUCGCCAUGGUCCCUGAAGAGAAGCUAUACUCGGGAGCCAACUACUACACAGGCUAUGCUUUGUUUUGGGGGGGCCUCACGGUUGGCAUGUGCAACUUGAUCUGUGGUGUCAGUGUCGGCAUCAACGGAAGCAGUGCUGCCCUUGCAGAUGCGGCAGACGCGAGCAUGUUCGUCAAGGUGCUGGUGAUCGAAAUCUUCUCCAGUGUCUUGGGUCUGUUUGGUCUCAUCAUUGGAUUGCUAGUCACCGCCAAAGCCGAGGAGUUUCAAUAAGCGGGGUUGAUGGGUUUUCAACACCCAUGGACAGGCUUUUGUCAAUCGAUUUAUAAAUCAGUCUGUGAAGAACAGACCUGUGACUGGACCUACGCUGCCGUGAAAAGUAUUGGGCAAUAGGUCCAAACUAUGGAGGUCAGGUAUUGGGGCUGCCUCUGAAAUGGCGUCGAAAUUGGGAGAAGGAUGCUGGCAAGGCAUAUCAGAGGAAAUGACGACUUGUUGAUUAUAGACGUCUAUGUAUAUUUAUACUCUUUUACUGGAGAGCCUACUUAGACGGAACUGAGGCAUGGCGAAUGGAAUGAGCUGGUCAAUCACCGUGGUGGAAUAAAUACUGAGUGAGAUGCCGUCGAGAUAAGGUACUGGGCAGCACAUAGUGAGCUGAUCAGCAAUUCUUAGAGAUCUCAUUGGGGAUCAAGAUAGGCAAUGAGUUGUGAAAUUGACUUAAAUCAGCUAGUUCAGG